UCGAGCACGAAAGGAAGUAAGAUUUUUCUCGGUAGAGACUAGAGAGUGAGGUCGACGCGCGGCGCGCUCAUGGCGAGUCGCUCCCGGGCGCAUACCCACACGCAAUCCCCUCGUGCCCUUUCUUUCUCUAUAUAUCCACCGCCAUGUCCUUCUCCAAUCUCUCCUCUUUUCCUUCCCUUCUAGGGUUUGUGGUUUUCCAUUCUCUCAUGGCGCUUUGUGGGAUCAAGGUUUUUUCCUGCCUUGAUUAUCGGGAUUCGAUCUGGAGAUCCAGGGAUGGUGUUUCGUUUGUCGGAGGUGUUGGUCGGAUGGGAUUGGUUGAGUGGAGAAGGCGGCAAAGGUCGGUGAGAUGCUUGGUGGGUAAAGCUGGGAUGGGGACUGCAUCUCGAGGAGUGGAUGUUGAGGCUGAGGAAUUGGGGCCGGUUUUGAAGUUUAAGAUGGACGAUUUCGUUGUUGCUAACUAUGUCAGCAUUGGUCUCCAUGGCAGGGCAGAUGAGAUGAUCUUUGAGGCGACAGUGAGCAAUCCGGACAAUAUGUUGUAUAAUGCAAGAGUGGUGCUCCGGCAGCUCAAGAGCACGCAAGCUCAGCGCAGAGGCCGACGAGCGCUGGAGGUCUUGAAGAAGCUUGCACGUCGGCAACUCAUGUACCACUGUUAUUCGUUGCAAGUUUAUGGCUUUGUAUCACCAAUAAGUGGCGAGGAUGAUGAAUCUUUCACCCUAGUCCAUGGAUAUCAUGGGAGUUAUUCUUUGCAACAUUGGCUCCAACUGACAGAUUGGCUGCCAACUUUAGAAGCCGCCUUGACAUUGGAUGAGGAGUGUGUUAGGAGGAUAGGGGAUGACAAACUAGGAGGACCUGCUGUUACACGACAACUACGGCUGACCAGGAUUCUUAUGCGAGAUCUUUUGAUUGGUGUCAAUUACUUACACAGCCAUGGUUUGGCUCACACUGAAUUAAGGCUGGAGAACGUGCAUAUUAGCCUGGUUGACAGACAUGUCAAAGUAGGCAUAUUAGGAAAUGCUGUUGAUUUCUAUGAGAACAGUACAAACAGUAGCGCAACAGAUGGAAACAUCAAUCGGAGGCAGUUAAUGAUUGCAUUUGAUAUGAGAUGUGUUGGAUUCAUCAUGGCAAAAAUGGUUCUGAGGGAGCUUAUGGACUCUUCAAUAUUUAUCAAGUUUAAGACUUUCUUGUUCAAGGGAAACUGCCCGUCUGGCCUACGUGAGUUUCUACUUCCAAUUCUAUAUCGAGACUCUCAUUCUGGAAAUGCUGGAUUGCAGAUUCUUGAUAGGAACUGGGGUGCUGGCUGGAACCUUCUAUCAUUGCUCCUUGCCACAAAGCCAUCUGAGAGGAUUAGUUGUGUGGACGCACUGCGACAUCCAUUUCUUUGUGGACCUAAAUGGCGUGUAGACUCAUCCAUGGAUCUCAUCAGGUGGGGUUUAGGUUCAACUGCUGUAAGAAUAGUAGAAGAUUACAUCUACGUCCCGCGUCAGCGUAACAGGAUAGCUUAUUUCAUCGAAUUGAUGGAGUUGCUAAAUCCUCAUCUAAGAAGGAAGAAUUGGGUUGAUCUCCUCCCUGGUAGAUGGCGUCUGUUGUAUUGCACAGGAAGGCAUUUAGGCCUGACACUUCGGCAACCUUCAUUAAGAGUUCUUAUUGGCAAUGCAUACCUAACCUUUACUCAAGCCUCUGAUUCAGAUGGUUCAACUCUUCUACUGGCUUCUGAUAUCGAUUUCAAAGUCAUGCCUGGACAACAAUGGCCACAUGACAAAUCUGGUGAUCUUGGCAACUUGCAAGUCAAAUCUUCACUCAAAUUAGCCUUUGGACGGAGAUUGUAUCUCAGAGAAGAAGACAUUGAAUCCCAAAACAUAUCCUCUCAAGAAUUCGUCGCCAGGAAAACAUAUGGCAAGAAAUGGAAGAAAGGCAAGACCAAAGAACCUCCAUUCAGUCUCCCUGCAGCAAAGCUCAUAUUUGGUGACAUCGAUGUGUCAGUGAGCCUUGGAUCAUCACAAUCAAAUGUUGAUGUGGCACAGAGGGUAAUUCAAGAGGUUCGGACACAAAUCCCCCCGGAGAUGUUUGAUGUGUCAAAGCUUGUGUGUGGGACUUAUGUAGAUUCUAGGAUGAUGGUUCUCCGUGGGGUCAGUGGAUCUGCAUUGCUUUUCACCAGGUCGCCUUAUACUGCUGAGUGCUGACCAUUCAUGAAAUUCAGUCACUUGUAAAUUGCAUAGUUGUUUGUAUAAAUUAGGUUUUGUUGA